AUGAACAAACCAGAAUUUGUCACUGAUAGUGAAUUAAAUACUGCCUUAAAUAAAACUAAUUGGGAAACUUACAUUCAAGGAGCAGGAACUGAAAAUGCUUUAAAAACGCGAGAAACCGAAGCCAUGAACGCUGAUAAAGCCAAUUCUAGCGGCAAAAUCAACAAUAAAGACCGAGACAGUGGAAUUAACGACAAAAACACGGAAACUGCCAUCAAUGCCGAACGUGACCGCUUAAUCAAAUCAAUUGAUGCAGAAAAGGCCAAAGAAGGCAGCGGACCAGGUCCGAGCGGACCUUAUUAUCCUCCUUCCGAUAACGGAGACUCAGGAGGCGGAGGAAGUGAUUCCGGAAAAAAACCUCCUGUUGGUGGACAAGAUGAAAAAAAACCAGAAGGCAACGAACCAGGAAAAGAUGGCGGAACAACCGAGGAAUCCGAAGGAGACAAAAUUGUUCAAGAGUUAAGUUUACAAAGCAUUGAUUCAGGCACAGUAGAUACAAUUAUUAAUCAACUUGCUACUGCUAAUACUAACAAUGGAAAAGAAGAAAAAGCUGACUUAGAUAAAGUUAAAGACAUAUUGAAAAUAGUGAACCAAGCCAAGGGCAAAAAAGAAUACAAUGAAACUGCUGAGAAUUUACACAAAGAAUUAAAGCAAUUGCAAAAUAAUAGCCAGUUAGUUCACCAACUAGAAAGCCUUAAAAAGGAAGUCAAUGGUGCCGUUCAGCAUUUGGAAAAACUAGAAAAGGCAAAACUACAAACCCAACAGCCGUCAGGAAACUGGUGA